UCGAAGAUCAGUCAAACAGAGCACAUAAUGGGUUGUGGGAAGAAGCUUGUAGAUGCAGUGUCGUUCGCCUUCUGCUUGACCUUGGCCGUGGUUGUGCCCUUAAUUGCUUCCCAGUCUGCAUUGCCGGAGGAAUUGUUUCCGAAAGUUCUGGUGGAUCUGAAGUAUCUUUACGGUAAUGAAGUUGGGGAUUAUCUUGUUUUAGAGAAGCCCGCAUUCUUUGUUGGGCUAAUCUGGAAUGAGAUUCUUCUUGUCUGGCCACUUUGUGUCCUAAACCUCUUUGCUAUUGUUGGCGGAAAGUCCUGGUUUCGAACAACUUGUUUGAUCCUAGGUGUGACUGUCUUCACUUCAAUGCUACCUAUAAUGGCAGAUAUGCAUAUAUCAGGAAAGGGUAAAGAGAAGAUGCAGAUGGUUUACUACCCUUUCAUGGGUUUUUCCGUUUUAGCCAUUCUGCGGGGGCUGCUGGCUUGCCCCGGCAGCGCAUGUGGUCCUGCGGUUAGAAUCCCUGCUGCUAAAAAGAAGAGGACUUAAAGUGGAGGAAGAUUUCAAGUUCAACCAAGGUCACCUAAUUAAAUAUUACUCGCAAAUUGCAAAUGCAAUUUAUGAUUUUAGAUGUUAUAUUUGUCUUAUUCUUAAUCGAUCCAUGAACCAAUAAUUGAAGUUCUUAGUAAAAAGAUAUGUAAUAAUCAAUAAUUGAUGAAAUUAUCGUUUUU